UCUUCAUCUCUUAAUCCAUCCCAGUCCACGUCUCCUGCACGCUGCGUGUUAAUUUGCUUGCCAUAUGUAACUCCUGACGAAAAGGACAAGGGCUCGGCGGACUUUCGGCUUCACUGCGAUUAAUGUCAGGCUUGCAAAGGACAGGUAUCCAUCCAUCUGUCCUGUUUCUGUUGCCCCUCUCCCUCUCUUUUUAAUUUCGAUACGUCGAUCACGGAUAUUCCUACGACUCCAUUUCUCCCUUCCCCUUCCCAACGCUUCCACAUCUCGGAUUACGUUCGAAGCCGCUAUCGGCCCCCCCGGACCGACAAUUGCACGUCUGCAGGUCCCCAUGACCAGACAAACGGUCUGGGAUCAAUAAUUGGUUCCUUGACUGUGGAGGAAAUUCAUUUUGCUGGACGGGGCGCAAUAAUCUGGUCAAUUCCGCUGGCGCGAAUGGGUGUCCUGGGAGAAGACCAGGCCGAGUACGAGAACGAGAACAAUUUAUGUAGAAAAUCCCACAAGGUUGGAAAGAGGGAAAGGGAAUAUAAAAGAAAAAGGACACUCGUUUCGAACCUAUGAAUAAUGACCUCAGCUUCGACUGUUAUGCCCGAUCGUCCUACCGACCAGUUUCCUACCUCUUGCGGAGAGCCUUCUCUGUCGUACACACAACCGUCUACACCUGUUGUCUCUGGAACAAACACUGCAACUGAAAAGGAGGAUGUAAUACAUCAUGGAGGUGAGUUAAGGGCUGCGGGUAACGGCGACGCGGGCCAGCAGACAGAGGAACUCGACGACUUUGGUCUUCCGAUUCGAUUACACCCUCGACACUUGCGGCAGGAAAGUUAUGCCUCUGGUGAUACGGAAGUUUUCCACGAUGUCCCGGAGGAAAUUUCGGCGAAUGGCAAUGGGGAUGGCUACAAAGAAGGACCAAAUAAGCAAGAAGGGCCACAUACCGAUUUAAACGGAGAGGAACAGAGGUUGCAAGAGCAUCCGGUUCCAAAUCAGACACAGAUUACAGGGAAUGGAAACGGGAGAGAAGAAAAGGCAGAAGACACACGGCAGGAAGCAUCAGCUGUUCCCUCUGCAGCGGUUGCGUCGCAUGACAAUGAGCAUUCUUCCUCGAGAGAUGCAGUUGCUUCGAUGACUCACGAAGAGCCUAGUAGUACGGUUAAGGAACUUCAAGAUCUAUAUGGUCGAGAUCCAACAGAACAACCGGACACAAAUGCCCAUCAUCACGCGACCGAAAAUCACUCGUCCCACACCAAGGAUAAACAUCUCAGAGCCUCCGAAUACUCUCACCAACGGCUUACCGAGCCCCAUUAUCCAGAUUCUGAAGAUGAAGAUGAAGAAAGUGAUGAUGGAUGGCGGGAUAUGCCUGCACUAGGCGAGCUUGAUGUUUACGAUGAUUUCGGGCAUUUGGUUGCUAAAGGGUCUAAGGAGGAGGAGGAUGAAGAAGCAGUAUAUAGAGGACUAGGGGGCGCAGGAAACGGGUAUACUCGGGUUCAAUUGGAUGAAGAUGCCAAAUCGUCGACAAGUCUGGAUGAAGACACAAGCUAUCUUUUCAAGGAAGCGCAGAGCAACUCGAUCGGGUUAGAAGAAGAGCUUCGUGAUGCGACCAGUCAGCUCCAGGCCACCAAAAACCUUCUCACCGAGAGCCAACGGAUAGCGUAUGUUGGUAUGGUCAGGCUAACUAUAUUUCGAAUGGCAUAUGAACUGGAAAGGAUGCCGUCGACAAAGGGUUCGCUCAAAACGGUUCAAAAGGCCGUGGAUGCUAUUAAAAAAUGGGGUCAAAUGGUGAUGGCGAGAAUCUACGUUCAUAUGGAUAUAAACCCUGCUGAACAGAUAAUGAUUGAGCAGUUGGCUGAACACGGUGUGGAUCCGGCAGAUCUCGUUCGACCGCUAAUGCAGAACGCUCGAGUCAAAAAUCCUUUAGCGAAGGACAUCAGCACGCCUCGGGAAUCCAUCUCUUCAGUCAAUUCUCCCAACCCGAGCGCCAACCGAAGCAGUCUAUCCACCGAGGCAGACCAGGCGUCUGAGCCAGCGUCUCCUCCGCCUUACGAAGCUCAUGAAAGUGGGUAUGUCCCGGAAGUUCAUACCCAGGAUCAUCUACCAACUUCGAAGAACAUCGAUAUCGACCUUAGAUGGACUGUACUCUGCGAUCUUUUCCUUGUCCUCAUUGCUGAUUCAGCGUAUGAUUCUCGUUCACGAACCUUGCUUACAAGAAUCGGUGAGAUCAUGGAAGUCUCACGGUUGCAAAUUUGCCGUUUCGAGAAGCGAGUUAUGGAUGCUCUUGAGAUGCAGGAAGCUACAUCUACAGAAACGUGGGAUGAAUCUGAGCAUAUGGAGAAGCGUCGUAAGAUGGCGCUGAAGAAAAGGUGCAUGAUCAUGGGCCUUGCCACAGUCGGUGGUGGUGUAGUUAUUGGGCUUUCAGCUGGACUACUUGCACCGGUCAUAGGGGCUGGGCUUGCGGCUGGUUUCACCACCAUUGGUAUUUCGGGAACCGGCGCUUUUCUGGGAGGAGCUGGGGGCACGGCUCUGAUUGCCUCUGGUGCCACCUUGACAGGCGGUACAAUCGGGCUGAGAGCUUCAAACAGGCGUACGGGCGCAGUGCGGACUUUUGAGUAUCGCCCUUUACACAAUAACAAGAGGUUCAACCUUAUUAUCACUGUGUCCGGCUGGAUGGCAGGCGGUGUUGAUGACGUUCGAUUACCAUUCAGCACAGUAGACCCCGUCGUGGGCGAUAUCUACUCGAUUUUGUGGGAACCGGAGAUGCUCCAGAGCAUGGGUGAUACAAUUAAUAUUCUCGCUACCGAAGCUUUAACUCAAGGACUGCAGCAAGUUCUGGGGAGCACAGUUCUAGUGGCACUGAUGGCAUCUUUGCAACUGCCCUUGAUCCUUACGAAACUCUCUUACUUGAUUGAUAACCCUUGGAACGUAUCUCUAACCCGUGCAAAUGCGGCCGGGCUUAUUCUUGCCGACUCUUUGAUGGAUCAUAAUCUUGGAAAAAGGCCCGUCACGUUGCUUGGUUUCUCCCUUGGUUCGAGAUUGAUUUUCUCUUGCCUAAAAGAGCUUGCGGAUAAGCGCGCCUUUGGCCUUGUUGAGAAUGUCUAUCUUUUUGGAUCUCCAAUAGUGGCCAAUAAAGACGAAUAUAUGAAGGCUCGCAGUGUGGUCUCUGGCACCUUCGUGAACGGUUAUGCUACGAAUGACUGGAUUCUUGGUUACCUUUUCCGCGCGACGAGCGGUGGCAUUAUGCGCGUGGCAGGUCUCGCGCCAGUAGAAGGGAUCCCCCGUUUGGAAAACAUUGAUUGCACCAAUCUUGUUGAUGGCCACAUGGAUUACCGUGCAGCAAUGCCUCGACUGCUUAGGGAAGCAGGCUGGGAGGUACUAAGCGAUGAGUUUGAAGAAAUCCAAGACCCGGAUCCGGAUAACCAUGGAGAGCGGCAAAGAGAACUGAUCCGCGAGAUCGAUGCCGCUCGUAAGGAAGCAGAACUCAAGCCAGAAAAGAAGCGCUUCGGCUUAUUCAAACGAGGCAAAUUGGCAGAGAAGCAGGGCUGGGAAACGUACGAUGUUAAUAGCGAACUCAGCAACAAGCGCCAUCGUGACUCGAGCGAUAGUAACAACACGCCUGGGACUGUUCUUUUCGAUAUCGACGCUAUCAGGGCUGAGCUCGCUUCGGAGAAGAUAGAGAUUAAGCAGUUGGAAUCGACCCUUCCUCCCAUGAAAUUGGACUUGGACGCAACCCCGAACCGGUUCCCUGCUGAGCCUUCGCCCUCCAGCGCUAAACAGCAGAAGAACACCGAGGUAGUCUCACCAACGGGUAAGACAACCGAGCCCUUGGGGAACCGGUCUCUCUACGAUACACCCGCAUCAGCAGCUGGAGAUGAAGGAAUCCGGAUGUCCUUCGAUACUCCCGUUGAACCCCCACAGCGUUCAUACUCAUCGUCAUGGUUGCAGCGAACACCAGAUCCAUUUUCCGACCCCGAGCCGCUACGGCCAGCCCUUCUAUCCUCGCUAUCGACCUCGUCCACCGUGGGAGGGAGAACUGUUACGGCGAGCCCGUUAGGCGGUAUGGAUUUAGAGCGCAAUGCCUGGGCGGACGAAGGCAAGGAGGAUGAUAUCAAAAUGACUUUUGAAUGAUGAUGCAUUGUUUGGUUUAUUGUUCAUUCAUCAUGGAAUGGUGUUUGUAUGCUUGGGGAGGGGUAAGAAACAAAGCUUGCAUACGCCUUACGACUCAUUCUUAUCCACCUAUAUAUGUACACCUUGGAGAUGGGGGUUCUCGUCCUUAUUAAUACGAUAAUAAAGAGCUAUGCAGAUGUCCUGUUUCCCUCCUUUUGAUUAUAUUCUUCUUUGUAUGUAUAUAUUAGUUGGGGUUGAACUCUGGUUAGGGCACGGUUUCUUGAAGCAUCUCAACGGUCGUCAUCCCAGUACGUGAGGACAGGGAAUAAGGACUAGGUCAUAGUCAUUUUGCAGUAUUAAAAUAAGCAUUCAAUGAAGAAGG